UAUUCAUCUUAAUUUUAGAUGUUUUCUUAUACAUGGAAGAUUUAGCUCCAAACGUAAUCAUUCAAAAAUAAUUUCGAUCUAAAUGCAAUAAAAAUGCACUUGCUGUGGCUCACCAGUAUUAUAGGAAUAUCUCUGUUACACCUACAGCUCAGCCAAUGCAAUGAUCUUGAAUUGCUGAGUGUCGGCGCAGUCGGCAGAACACAUAAAAAUAUUGUUGGAAAUAGCAGCUCGGGUGCAAAUGGGAAUGAUCUCACCGCAAUAAGUAUUAACAAUAGCAUGCAAGGAACAAUCUUUACUGGCGUCGGAACAACAAGCAAAGCUAUAACAUCUGAUGAUGACUCUGGGGAAACCAUUAUUGGAAGUGCUGUUAAGAAUGUAGCAGAAUUAUCUGACCGGGGAAUCAGAACUAGCGAGAGUCUCUUACCGCCAGCAACAUUCCCUGUGCAAAGCACCAGCCAAGAUGGAAUUCCCACUGGUACAAUUUAUAGAGGACUUAAGCACACAAAGGCGUAUGGCCAUCAAUAUGGUCACCCAUUAUCUGGCUUGGCAAAUUUAGGAAUCAUUAUACCUAGCAAUAAAGGAGCUAACAUGGAAUAUUAUACACGAACAGCUGGAAUCGGAGGACGUAAAGUUUAUUCCAAAUUGGAUAGUGACAGCAGCCCAAUUGACAAAGCGAAUGUCAGUGGAAGUAACGUGGGGCACAGCACAUACAUGAACGCAGCAAUCUAAUACACGGGUGGAGCAGGAACGCAGCACAGCAGAAGCAUAAAAAAAUCUGCAAGUAAAUGGUGUUUUAGGUUUUUAACAAACAAAAACCUGGAUUCAACUUAUUUCAACGUGUCUAAAACACAACGCACACACUAAUGCAAAGGCGCAACAGGAACGCACACUAAAAAACACGGGCGGAGCAAUACACAGGCGGAGAAGGAAUGCAGCACAGCAAAGUCGUCCACAAAAUCUGCGAAUAAAUGGUUCAUUAGGUUUUGAAAUAACAAAGUGCUGGUUCCAUCUUACUUCAAAAUAUCUGCAGGAUGAUGCACACAAUCAAAUUCGGCCGCAGCUGCAGUUCACCAGAGAAUGCUGCAAAUGGAAUGGUUCAUCAAUAAAGUCAAAAUAAUAUGUUGUAACUUACGUGCAUUAGCUCUUAAUUACAAUACCAGCACAGGUCGGCUAGGAAAACACU